GGAAGCCAUAUGUUUGUCGCUCCCUCGUUGGUCACACCAGGAAGAAAAGCAGAGAUAACUCAGGUUAACGGUGCUGUCAGUGUGUUUAAUGCCAUGCUGUGAUAAAGAAGAAGCCAUGUCUCUGAAGGUGAACGCUAAAAUAGUGAUAGUCGGUUGCGGGAUAUCAGGAAUAGCAGCUGCACACAGGCUCGUCAAAGCCGGAUUUCAUCAUGUGAGGAUAGUUGAAGCCACUGCAAGAAGCGGAGGACGAAUAAAAACAGGCAGACUGGGUGAUAAUAUUAUUGAGAUAGGGGCAAACUGGAUCCAUGGACCGUCCGAGGAGAACCCAGUGUUUUGUCUGGCCCGUCAGUAUGGGCUCUUGGAUCCAGAGGCCCUCACCCCAGAGAACCAGGCCAUGGACAUCGGAGGCCAUCCCCCCUGGGUUCCCAACGUCUUCACCAGUUCAGGACGGAAGCUGAAUAUCGAGGACGUCGCACCUGCUGUAGAGAUGUUCGCUGAGCUCCUUGAAGAAAGUUCAGAAUUUCAGAGUCAGGGAGGAGAACCGUAUGCCAGCAUGGGAGAUUUCAUACGAUCAGAGGUGCGACGAAGAGCAGCAGAGAAGUGGAAAGAUGUUGAUGCAGCUGCCAUGUCUACGCGGCUGCAUGUGGUCAGUAACCUCUUGAAGGUGGAGUGCUGUGUUAAUGGUAGUCACAGCAUGGAUGAUGUCGGCCUGGGGGCCUUUGGCCUAUACAAGACUCUUCCUGGACUGGACUGCACAUUCCCAGGUGGCUAUGAAGGUCUAAUCAAAAACUUGAUGUCGGAGCUCCCCGGUGGUUUAGUGACCUACAACCAGCCUGUGCACUGUGUCCACUGGAGCAACACAGAGAAGAGAGAAAACCCUGUGGUGAUUGAGUGUGAAGCUGGAGAGAGGAUCACUGCUGAUCACGUCAUUGUCACAGUACCUCUAGGAUACUUGAAAAAGCACCACUCCACCCUGUUCCGCCCUCCUCUCCCUCUACACAAGCUGCACUCCGUCCAGAGACUAGGUUUUGGAACAAACAACAAAAUAUUUGUGGAGUUUGAUUCACCAUGGUGGGAUGCUGACUGUGAGGUCAUCUAUUACUUGUGGGAAGAUGAGGAUGCCAUGGUGGACCAGGUGCCAGACGUACAGAGAUCCUGGAUAAAGAAGUUGUUUGGCUUCACUGUGCUCAAACCCACUGAAAGAUAUGGACACGUUCUGUGUGGCUGGAUCGCCGGGCAUGAGUCGGAGUAUAUGGAGACACUGUCUGAACAGGAAGUCAUGCAAGGCGUCACACAACUCAUCCGCAGGUUUACAGGAAACCCUACCAUCACCCCGAGGAGAAUUCUGCGCUCCCAGUGGUUUCAUGACCCCUGGACAUGCGGAUCCUACACUUACCCUGGAAGAGGCUGCUCAUUGCAGGACCUAGAAAACAUGAUGGAGCCCCUGCCUACGAAAACAUCGCAGGCACAACCCCUGCAGGUGUUGUUUGCUGGAGAGGCUACUCAUCCCUGCUACUACUCCACCGUCCAUGGAGCUCUUCUCUCUGGCUGGAGAGAGGCUGAUCGACUCAUCUCUCACUACUCCUCCAUCAGUCCAUCUGAGCUUCCCAGGUCAAAGCUUUAAAAGAACAACGCUGCUUUGAAAAAAAAAAUUCAUCAGCUUUAUGGCUAAAAUCUAUAAUUGCCUGCUGUUUAUUUUAAUCAGUCAUUUAAAGUUUUGGAAAGUUCGCCAGCUGGGGAAGUAUGACACUGCUGAUAUCAGAGCAUUAAAAUAAAAAGUAAUCCACACAA